AUGUCUGCCUGUCAGUACUCUUAUCGGUCUCUGCGGGCGCUAGGCGUCUGCAAUGGACCACCAGAGUACUCAGACGUCUCAGCUUUUCAGCGCAGACCAGCAGGGACGACGCGCAACUUUGCAUGGAGCAGCGAUGGCUCGACAUUUGCCUAUGCCGAGUCGAACAGCGUGACAGUCACACGGGCGGACAGUCACGAGGUCUUGUGUACAGUAGACGUGCCUGCAGUCGUCACGGUCGCCCUCUCACCCAAGGGGAGCUUCUUCUCGACUUGGGAGCGAAUGGGCAAGCACUCCCCCUCGAGACCAUCAACAGCGGAUGGAAGUCAGCACAAGAACCUGCGCGUGUGGUCGACGAAUACGGGACAGGAAGUCGCCUCCUUUACGCAAAAGUCUUAUGACGGCUGGGACCUGCAAUAUACCGAGGAUGAGAUGCGGGCAGUGCGAUGCGUCGCAAACGAAGUGCACAUCUAUGAUACCUCGGAUUUCACAAAGGGGAUAGCCGACAAGCUACGCGCCGAUGGUGUUGCUGCCGUCUCGCUCUCGCGCGGUCGGAACCCUUCCGUUGCCGUCUUUGUGCCAGAGAGCAAGGGCGCACCCGCAAGCUUGAGAACGCACCACCUCGAGACGCUAUCAAGCGUCAAUGCGCAGAAGACGUUCUACAAGGCAGACAAAGUGCAGAUCAAAUGGAAUCAAUCCGGUACGAUGCUGCUCUUCUUGACGCAGACAGAUGUCGACAAGACCGGCAAAAGUUACUACGGCGAGACUGGCUUGUAUCUCAUGAGCGCAUCCGGCGCCUUUGAUUGCCGCGUCACGCUCGAUCGAGAAGGCACCAUCCACGACUUCACAUGGUCUCCGAAUGACAAGGAAUUCGUCGUGACAUACGGCUACAUGCCAGCCAAGACGACCAUCUUCGAUCACCGGGUCAAUGUCGUGCACGACUUUGGCAUCUCGCCGCGUAACUUUGUCGCCUUCAACCCGCAAGGUCGACUGCUAUGUCUCGCAGGUUUUGGCAAUCUCGCCGGCGAGAUCGAUAUUUACGACCGCAAGACGCUCAAGAAGCUGACCACUUUUGAUGCGCCCAAUACCAGCACGUGUCAGUGGUCUCCAGACGGUCGCUAUCUCCUCUGCGCUACUUUGAGUCCGCGGCUCAGAGUAGACAAUGGCAUCAAGCUCUUCCACCACACAGGCGCGCUCGUCCAUGUGCAAGAUAUGGAGGAGCUUUACCAAGCAGGCUGGCGGCCGGCAGAUGCCAGUCUUUUCCCUUUCCGUCAGUCGCUCUCGCCUGCUCCUGCUCCCUCUGCGCAAUAUGCGAGCUCAACGCCCACCAAACCACCAGUCAAAGCGAUGGGUGCGUAUCGCCCGCCAGGCGCAAGAGGACAACCCGCCUCUAAUUUGUUCAAGCGUGAAGACGAAGGCGGCGAACCUCACGUCUUUCAAGCGUCGCCUGCGCGCAACGAGCCCAUCGAGUUCGGACCUCGCAAGCCUCGCACCAUACCCGGCAUGGCGCCCAAAGAUGCCACACAAUCGAAUCAGGAGAACGGAAAAUCGAAGAAGAAAAAAGAGCCCAAGACGCCGAGGCCGAAUCGUAGGAAUGGCACGGAAGAUCCUGACUCGUCCUUCUUGGCACCAGACACCGGGCCGAACAGUCCCGCACCAUCGACGGGUCCGGCGACACCGGCGAGGGCGUCGACACCUAGUACGCCGAUGCGACCGCCUGCCGUUCAGGCCCUCAAUGACUCGAACAAUAACAUCGUCUCGCUGUCGCCCGAGGACAAAAAGCGUCGAGCUCUGACCAAGAAGCUCUCUUCGAUUCAGCAGCUCAAAGACCGACGUGCACGCGGAGAAAAGCUUGAGCUCACGCAAAUUCAAAAAAUAUCGGCAGAGCCGGAUGUCGUGAAGGAAUUGAAGGAGCUCGCUGCGCUCGAUCUCAACGGCAAAGCAUAG